CAACAAAACAAAAUGGAGGUCUUUGAUGUGUGUGUCGCGUUGUCUUGAAAUUUGCUGCUAGAAUUUUGCGUUAAACGCUGUGAACGAAUGUGUUUCACUGCGAAUAUGUCAAAGGUCGGCCAUGAAGUGCGCGAAACACGAAACACAAAUGACUUUUACCCAAUAAAAGCAACAACAAGAAGUUAAAUUGCACACCAGUUGUAAUUAAGUUUAGUAGUUAGAACCCACAACCAAGUAAUAUAUAAUCAUAAUCGAUAAGGCGAAGGUGGAUUGAGACACCAGAGACCGACCAGAUCCGCGGGGUAAAGUGAGAAGUGAGGAACGAACCUCUGAACCCCUGAGAAGUGAAACUUCUCCGCAAUUGUCUGGCUCUCAGUCAUCGACUACCUUUAGGCUUCCGACAUUUUGACAACGGCCACGCGCAGAAAGCAGCAUCAAAAUUAAGCCAAUUGACGACCAAAUCUGAAACGCAGCGGCGUCGCGUCUUUCGACGCGUAACGGACAUUUCUGUGUGCGCUGCGUUUAAAAAAUCUGAUGGAUGGAAAUGCACAAAAUAUGUUUCACGGAAAUCAUCAAGGAGAUCCCUAUUACCGUUAUGAUGCGGCAGCCGCCGCAGCAGCCGCAGCCGCGGCGAACCCGCGUGCAAUGGGACCGCCUGGCGGGUAUCCUCCGCGCCACCGCCCCCCACAUCCGCUACAGCAACAGCCCCAAUACCCAUCGUACCAGCCAACGGCGGAGAAUCUCUACGGGCUGGGGGCCGCCGAUCACCAGGCGGCUAUGGGCCUCGGCGUUGGAGUAGGAGUUGGGGCCGGGAUGGGCGAUUUAAGCGGUUGGGGAGCGGCGCCCUCGGUUCCGGGCCAGGCAGCGGCUUAUCCCGGAGCCGGACUGGGGGCCUAUGGGCAUCCGCAAGCGGCUCCACCAGCGCAGCAACAGCGUCAGAGCAACGCCAGCGCAUACCGUCAACACAUGCCCGCCUAUGGACAACAGGACCAGCAGAAACUUGCUUCAUACGGCGCGCAGCAGAGCAUGAUGGCGGGGUACGGAUCACUGGCGCCCCAGCAGCAACAGCAGCAGCAACCGCCCACGCCCCAGCAGCAACAGCAAGCACAGCAGGUGCAACAGCAGGCGCAGCAACAACAACAACAGCAGCAGCAGCAGAGUCAGCAGCAGGCUCGACUGCCGCAGCAUUAUCCACAAGCUCCUGGUCAGCAUCCAUUGUAUCCUGGAGUGGGAGCACCCACCGUCCAGGCGGGACAACCUCCCACGCCUCAAGCAUAUGCUCACAGUCCGUACGGAAGUCCCAUGCAACACCAACCGAGUAGAGGAGCUCCCCAGCAUGUGGGCUACGGUCAUACAGGACUAGAUCAGGCUUCUGCUUACGGGCAGCAUGUGCCGGGAGGAGCGCCACCGGGACACCACUUGACGGCGCAGCAGCAGCAGGCUGCGCAGCAAUUGGGUGCCCACCAGCAGCAGCAGCUCCAAUCGCAGCAGCAACAGCAGGCCCAGCAGCAGCAACCUCACGUCUCGCUAAUGCAGCAGCAACAGUUGCCGGGUGCCGGAUUGCCGCCACCGCACAUGGGUAUGCCUCCUAGUUACGGAAGCCACCAUCAACAGCAACAGCAGCAACAACAGACCCAGCAGCAACAGCAGCAGGCAGCGCCGCCUUACAUGUCCAGCAGCAAGCAUCAACAGGCGGCUGCCCAGCUAAAUUCCUCGCCCCAGUAUCGUGCACCUUUCCCUCAGCUUUCCCCACAAAUGUCGCCACGUCCUCCGACGAUGUCGCCGCACCCACAAAUGUCUCCGCGACCAGUUGGCGUGUCGCCGGCGAAACCACCACCCCCUCAACAGCAGCAACAACAAACGCAAGCGCAGCAGCCGCAACAGGUUGUAAGCAAUCAGCCCAGCCAGCACAGCAUUCAAGGCAUGGUAGGCCUGCCAUCGCCGCGCCCACAGCCGCCCACAAGUGGAGCAGGCGGAGCGGGAGCGAAGGGUCCUGCGCCAGUUGCUGCUCCCGUAAACACAUUACAGGCCCUCGAACAAAUGGUGAUGCCAUCACAGGCUCUCGGACUACCACCCAUGGACUACCCAUCAGCCUACAGAAGUGCCGUGGGUCCUAGGAUGCCAGCUUCCCCCCAACAGCAGCAGCAACAACAUCAACAAUGGGGGGCGGCUCAUGGGGCACAGCACUUGGCGGCCCUGCAGCAGCAGCAGGCCCAACAACAACAACAGCAGGUACAACAGCAGCAACAAGCACCUCCGCAGCAGCAGCAACAGGCGGCGAUGUUGCAGGCUCAGCAGCAACAUCACCAGCAGCAGUUAAGCAUGUAUGGUCAGCCGAUGGGACAGCAGCAGCAACCACAAACCGCGCAGCAACAAGUAGUCCCACCGGUGACAUCACAACCGCCAGUGGUGGCCGCCUCUCAGCAGCAGCAACAACAACAACAACACCAGCAGCAAUCACUCAACGAUCAAUUGCAGCACUCGAUCAACGAUAUUGUUGGGGGUGGUAACAGUAGUGGAGCAACAGGAGGUGCUCAGAAUCAGCACCAGCAGCAACCCCAACUGGCGGCCAUGUCUUCGCCGUUGCAUCAGCAAAAUCUGCCUAACAUGCACCAUUUAAUUCAACCUACCAUGGAGACAACACAGCCGACGCAGCAGCAACAGCAAACGUCACAACAACAGCAGCCACCGCAGGCGACUUUAACAUCGCCGCACCACCAGCAAAUGCAGCAUCAGUCUCCAAUACACCAGCAGCAACAGUCGCCGCACCACCAGCAACAUCUACCCAGCUAUAAUCAGUCGCAGCAGCAAUUCGAUCCAUUCGCUAACAUACUAGGAGACAAUCAACCGGCUGCAUCCCAACAGACAAUGUCGCCCGCUCAUGUAAGUUCGCCGGUACCCGCGCAAAUGCAACAGCAGCAGCAGCAACAUCAAACCCAACAGCAACCAUCCCAACAAGUACCACAAAGCCAGCAACAACAGGUGUCGCAGCCGCAACAGCAAACGCAGCAGCAGCAACCCUCGACCCCAUCACAUCACCUAAGCAGCAUUCUCAAUGAAACAGCCAACUCGAAUGAUUCCUCCACUUUGGCGGUGGCUGCUAAUGACAGCAACAACAGCAGUAGCAAUAGUAGCACCAAUAGCAUUGUCAACAACCAGCCCACGUCGGUGCACGACAGUAAUUCGCAAAGCAGCGUUAACAGCAGCAGCAACAACCAGCAACAGUUGCUCAUGGACAACACGAAUUCGCACGGAGGAAAUUCGGAAUCGGCCCAAAAUGUUGGAGUAGAUGUUGGUCUUUUUGAUAACAACUCGAUGUCUUCAAAUUCAGCAGCAGUUGCUGCCGUGGCCUCCAAUGCAGCUUCUGCAGCAGCAGCACUUUUAGAUAGCAAUUCUCAGUCCUCGAAUGCGGAGUUUGAGAAGAAUCAAAGCGAAGGUGAGGGACUCGGUGUUGUGGAAGGAGUUAUUGCCAAUGAAACUGAUUUGCCACAGGAUGAGAACAGUGUUUCUAAAACUCAAGACAUAACUCUAAGCACGGAAUUGCCAACAAUACAAGACGAUCUGCAAGAUAAGCCCACCGCUGAGAUGGAACAAACUCAACUGGGACAAUCUUUAGGGGAUUUAUCUAAAUCUUUGUUGGAGGAACCCAAAAUAGUUGAGGAAUCAGGAGAGGAUAAAGCUCAAUCGGCACCUGGUGUUGCACCGUCUGCAGAUCCUAUUAUACCUGUUACACAACCGCCUCAACAACAGAUGCCUCCCAUAGGGAUGCCCAUGCAUCCUAUUGCCCCCGGAUAUGAUGCCCAGGCUCAGGGACAAGGGCACAUGACUCCCAUGAUGCCUCCGUAUGGAGGAGCGCCAGGAAUGUAUCCACCUUAUCCCAUGCUGCAUCAACAAGAAAUUGCUGCACUGCAGCAGCAGAUACAGGAACUGUAUUGCAUGCCUCCAGGACAUGAGCUUCAACACCAAGAUAAGUUAAUGCGAAUGCAGGAGCGAUUAAAUCUUCUGACGCAGCACGAGGUAAACGAUCAGUGUGCUGGCGGUCCACAGUGCUUAUUGUUCCAAAACGUUCCGCCAAUGUAUGGACCACCAGGAAACCCUCUGCUCAACCAGCAAAUGGUAGAGAGCCCUCAAGUAUCUAGCACCACGGGAAGAGGUCGAGGUAAGAGUGCCAAUAAGCCACGCAAGCCUCGCGCCAAGAAGGGUGAAAAAGCCCAGGUGGGUCAGCAGCAAGAUUUGAUGGACAUCAGCGGCAAUGUAGCAAUGGGAGCAGCCAACGCCGUUUCAAGUAUCCCAACAACACAACUACCAGUCUCUGAGGAUUGCGUGACUCAAGGAGCGGGAGAUACCAGUGUGGUCGGUAUGCUGGAGUAUAGUGAAGGAAUGGGUGAUCUUUCUCAAGAUGUGCACUCAGCCAACGAACUGGAUACCUCGACUGAUGGCAGUGGCAAAAAGAAGAAGCCCCGCAAGCCGAGAACACCUAAGGAUCCAAAUAAACCCCCACGAGAUAGAACGCCGAAGGCGAAGAAGCCCAAAGAUCCUAACGAUCCCAACUCUACCGAGACACCAGCAGCGGGAAAAAAGCGAGCUGGUGUUAGUAAACGCAGGAAACAGUACGGAGAAGAUGGGGCUGAGCAAACGGGAGAAGGUAGCGAAGUGGAAGACAACAAGCCACUGGUACCAAAAGCAGGAUCUGCUGAUGGUGAAGCUGAAACCACUUCGGCAGGAACUGGAGUGGAUGGAGAAUCUCCAGACUACGAUGACAUUCCCGUUUCAAAAAUUCCGCGUGGCGCCAAUGAAGAUGAAAAGGAAGCGGAGGCCGGCGAUGAAACAGUAGACUCUGUUCCAGAUUCGGCAGGAGAUCCUGCUUCUACACCGAGCAGAAGAGAUCGUAAAAGAUCCACUGCAAGGAGUCGCCGCAAUGCAAAUUCUGAGGAGGGAGGCAGUGCUCGCAAGAACCGUGGAUCUCUUUCCGCCAAGGCACUAAAGAAGCGAAGGAAUAGGGGUCGCAUUGUACCUGAAUCCGAUGGCGAAGAUGACACACUGGACAGAACUCCGCCUCCAUCACCGCCACCAGACUCUGAAAUGGAUUCCAACAAGCGAAGAUCGUCAAGGAAUACUCAAAGAAAGAAAUACAUCGAUGAUGUUAUGCUAAGGUUCUCCGAUGAUGAGAACUCUCUCUUAGUGGCUUCUCCCAUAAAGAAGGAUAAGAAACCAUCUGCGAAUGCGAGUAAUUCCAAUGCAGGAAGUGAUGUGGAAAAAACGGAACCUCAAUCUGGUGCCGAGGGAGACGCUGCCCAGGAGGUGGGUGAAGAAAAGUCUAAUCUACCACUGGAUGAAAGCAGUCAACUGGAAGCCAGUUCGAGUACUUCUGCAGCAGCGGAGAAGGAGCGAAAAAUCUCUACUGAUGCUGCAAAUGCAGCCAUGUCUUCCAAACCCAAUUACGUGUACAUAAACACUGGCGAUGAGGACAGCAUGGUGGUUCAAUUAGUUUUAGCCAUGCGAAUGGGAAAGCGGGAACUUAUUCCGGACAAACCCAAAGAAAAAACACCCGAACCUAAACAAGAUGAAGAGAAAUCUGAAUUAGAUGAAGCCACAACUGAUAAUCCUGAGGGAGAUGAAAAAUCCAAAACUGAGGGUGAACCCAAGAAAGAUUUAACUGAUACCGAGGAAACGAAAUUAGAAUCCUCCGCAAUGGAAGUAGACAGUAAGGAAGAAUCCGAGCCUGAUGAUUCUAAGAAAUCUGAUGAAGACAAUAAGGACAAGGAUAAAAUGGAAGUAGAUGUUGAAGCUGGAAAAUCAGAUAAAGAAAGUAAACCAGAAGAACAAUCAGAAACAGUGAAAACUGAAGAAAAUUCUGAAGCCACCGAGGAAGGCAAAUCCUCUAACGUUUCAACAACAGACCACGCCAAGGAACCUAAGACUGUCUUGGAAAAAAUGGAGGUUGAUGAAAAGGCAGAUGAUGACCAAUCGCCUGUAUCAAAAGCAGAGGGAUCUGACGAAAAAUCUAUUGAUGACUCCAAUCCCGAAGAGGCUACUGCAGAAAAGAGUAAGGAAAGUUUGGAAAUGGAAGGAGAAAAGGAGUGCGUCAAGGAGGGAGAAGAAUCCGUUAAGAAAGAGAAUGACGAGAAAACAGAAGCUGAUAUGGAAAAUAAGCCAGAGCCCGUCUUUAUCGAUGUGGAGGAGUACUUUGUGAAAUAUCGCAAUUUCAGUUAUCUACAUUGCGAGUGGCGAACGGAAGAGGAACUAUUAAAGGGUGAUCGUCGCGUAGCUGCUAAGAUUCGUCGCUUUCAGCAAAAGCAGUCUCAGCAGUUGAAUAUAUUUGAGAAUAUCGAAGACGAGCCCUUCAACCAGGACUUUACUGAAGUGGAUAGAGUGUUAGACAUGUCUGUGCAUACAGAUGAAACCAGUGGAGAGACUACGAAGCACUACCUGGUAAAGUGGAAGUCACUUCCCUAUGAGGAUUGCACUUGGGAGCUAGAAGAAGAUGUAGAUAACGACAAAAUCGAGCAGUACCUGCGCUUUAACAAAAUCCCUCAAAGGAGCGAGUGGAAGUCUAAAAAACGACCGCAUCCAGAAUUGUGGAAAAAACUGGAAAAGACGCCCGUCUAUAAGGGAGGAAAUAGCCUUAGACCCUAUCAACUUGAGGGUCUUAAUUGGUUGAAGUUUUCAUGGUACAACACCCACAACUGCAUCCUCGCUGACGAAAUGGGUCUUGGAAAAACUAUUCAAAGUUUGACAUUUGUGCACUCUGUAUAUGAGUACGGGAUUAGAGGACCUUUCUUAGUUAUAGCUCCCCUAUCUACAAUUCCAAACUGGCAGCGAGAGUUCGAGGGCUGGACGGAUAUGAACGUAGUUGUUUAUCACGGCUCGGUGACAAGUAAACAAAUGAUACAGGACUAUGAAUAUUACUAUAAGACAGAAAGUGGAAAGGUAUUGAAGGAACCAAUCAAGUUUAACGUUUUGAUCACCACUUUUGAAAUGAUUGUGACAGACUACAUGGACUUAAAAGCCUUUAACUGGCGCCUUUGUGUGAUUGAUGAAGCACAUCGUCUUAAGAAUAGGAAUUGCAAACUCCUUGAGGGUCUGCGGCAGUUAAAUUUGGAGCACAGAGUAUUGCUCUCCGGAACUCCCCUACAAAACAACAUCAGCGAGCUGUUCUCUCUGUUAAACUUUCUGGAACCCUCGCAGUUCUCCUCACAGGAAGAGUUCAUGUCUGAGUUUGGAAGUCUUCGCACUGAAGAAGAGGUAAAUAAGCUGCAAGCUCUACUAAAACCAAUGAUGUUACGUCGUCUAAAAGACGACGUAGAGAAAAGUUUGGCGCCCAAGGAAGAAACAAUUAUCGAAGUGGAGCUAACUAACAUACAAAAGAAAUACUAUCGGGGUAUACUGGAACAAAACUUUAGUUUCUUGAAAAAGGGGACCACAUCUGCUAAUAUCCCAAACCUUAUGAACACUAUGAUGGAGUUGAGAAAGUGCUGCAUACACCCUUAUCUCUUGAAUGGAGCGGAGGAACAAAUCCAAUAUGAUUUCAAGUCCCAGCAUGGCGAAGAUCCUGAGUCCUAUUAUAAAAAUCUGAUUCUCUCCGCUGGUAAAAUGGUUUUAAUUGAUAAAUUGCUACCCAAACUUAAAGCAAACGGCCAUCGCGUUCUAAUAUUCAGUCAGAUGGUACGUUGCUUGGAUAUCCUUGAAGAUUAUCUGGUGUAUAGAAAGUACCCCUUUGAGAGAAUCGAUGGGCGCAUUCGCGGUAAUCUCCGCCAGGAGGCCAUCGAUCGGUACUCCAAGCCAGGUUCCGAUCGCUUUGUAUUUCUCCUCUGCACCAAAGCUGGUGGGUUAGGCAUUAAUUUAACAGCUGCUGAUACUGUUAUUAUUUACGAUUCGGAUUGGAAUCCACAAAACGAUUUGCAGGCUCAGGCCCGAUGCCAUCGUAUUGGCCAGAGAAAGAUGGUAAAAAUUUAUCGAUUGCUUUGCAGGAAUACCUAUGAGCGCGAAAUGUUCGACAAAGCUUCCAUGAAACUAGGAUUGGACAAGGCUGUAUUGCAGUCGAUGAACACCCAAGGGUCUAAAGAUGGCAAUAACAAGCAGCUGUCCAAAAAGGAAAUUGAAGAUCUUUUAAAAAAGGGUGCUUACGGGGCCGUCAUGGAUGACGACAAUGCUGGUGACAAGUUUUGCGAAGAGGACAUCGAUUCAAUCCUUAAGCGACGCACUCAAGUCAUUACAAUGGAAUCGGAGAAGGGAUCAACCUUCUCAAAGGCUUCAUUUGCUGCAUCCGGUAACCGGUCGGAUAUUACUAUAGAUGAUCCUGAUUUUUGGACAAAGUGGGCCAAAAAGGUUGACAUUGAUCCCGAUGCUUGCGAAAGGGAUGAAACGGAGGACUUGGUUUUGUCCGAACCUCGAAGGCGCACCCAAAUAAAACGCUACGGCCACGAGGAUGUAAUGGAGCUCAAUUCCGAGGAAUCUUCGAAUGAGAAUAGCGACGAGGAGGGAGGAAUAGGACUCCGUUCCCGUCGCCGCAAGGAGAAGCGAGAUCGUGCUCGUGAAAAGAAGGGCAACGAUGAAUACAUUCCUCGAGAACGGGAUGCUUUGGCUGCAUUGGGCUUGGAGGAAAUUCAAUACGGAAACUGGGCCAAGUCUGAGUGCUUUAAAGUGGAGAAGGGACUGCUUUCCUUUGGUUGGGGCCGGUGGUCGGAACUUUUGGAGUUAGGACAAUUCAAACGAGGUUGGCGUGAUGUAGACGUCGAGGAUUGUGCUCGCAUCAUACUUCUUUACUGCCUGCAGGUCUACAAGGGUGAUGAGAAAAUCAAGACGUUCAUCUGGGACUUGAUAACACCGACAGAGGACGGGGAAGUGCAGAAGAUUAGCAGGGAUCAUAGUGGCCUACACAACUUGGUGCCACGAGGUAGGAAUGCCAAAGGUCGCAACGGAGGAAAAUCAAACAAAGAAUCCACAGGAGUGUCUACUCCUGCUCCGGGCUCUGCAUCCGGAAGCAAUAGUGGAAACACAACUCCGGCUCACAAAUCUAGUGCGUUGGAUGGGUCAGAUAAGGACAGCGGCGGCAUAAAUGCCAGCGCCGUGGCCGCGGCGGUCACAAGCAUUCACGAUCCAAAUCACUGGAGCAAGAAGGAGAAAUACGACGCUGAUGCGUACUUGGAAGGCGCCUACAAGAAGCAUUUAGGCAGACACGCCAAUAAGGUUUUGCUGCGCGUGAGGAUGCUUUAUUAUAUUCAACAUGAGGUCAUUGGCGACUUUGUUCAGCAGAUAAAGGACAACACGCCUAUCAGCGAACUCCCCAUUCGCCCGCCGCCAACGCCAGAUCAAGUGCCAUCUUCAUGGUGGAAUCCCAUUUGUUGUGAUAAGAGCCUGUUGGUGGGAACCUACAAGCAUGGCUGUGAAAUGUAUCGUCAAAUGCGCGCCGAUCCCAAUCUGUGCUUUGUCACCCAUGUGGGCGCCGGUGCGGUCGGUGACGAUCUGGCUGUCACGAGUUUGCCGAUAAACGAAGACGAUGCAAAUUCGAAGCACGAUGAUGGCGACGAGGUGGACGAUGACGGCACUACAACGACCAAAGACUCUGACUCUACCAAACUCACCGGGGGCGAUAACAAGGACUCGCUUCUCGACCCGGAGCGUCCUAGUUCGUCUGGUAAGAGCAGCAGUGAAAAUGGUAGCGGCGGAAACGACAAAACGGAAAGCGAAAAUGAUGCCACAACCGUUUCCGAAUCCUCAUCCAAAUCCGAAGUCUUGCCGGGCAAAGGCAGCGAUCUCGAUGUGUCGGUCGCCCAGCAGGACGCAUUAUCAGCAACUCUUGAAUCGGCAAAUACAUCAGAUCCUAAAAUGAAUAAAAAUGACGCACAAGUCUCAGCCUCUGUUUCCUGCGAUCCGGCCGACUCUAGUUCAUCCGAGGCGGCAGGAAAAGCUCAGGGGACGGGGGUCCAGACUGGCGAUGCCGGAGAAUUGGACAUCGAAUCGGAGAAAAAAGAAAACGAAAAGGAAACCAAGGAGUCAACUGCUGAUGCUCCUGCUGUGGAAGCCAAAAAGGAUAGCGCUGCCAUUGCCCGAGCUGAAGGCGAUAAAACGGAAUCAUGCACUAACAAUGCUACCACAAACAUCUCCACCACCACUACUACUACUACCAUUACCAAUACCACCACCACCACCAAUAAUCCAUCAUCCAAAGCGGCUAACUCUAACAACACCACCGACCAUGCUAACUCAAACUCACAUUUAGGCUUGGACGAGGAGGAGAGCGUCGCCGGCAGCUAUCCGCCAACCGUGGCAGCCGUCGAGGACGCCACUACUAUGUGGCCAUCUAUGCAGGACCUCAACACGCGUCUCCGGCGGGUGAUCACUGCCUAUCAAAGGAAUUACAAGAAAGAGGAAUUAAAACUGCAGCAGAAGGCAAAGCUCCAGGCAUUGGUUUCAUCGACACCGCCGCUGUCGGUACCCACCACUCCCACCCUUCAGUCUAUGCAAAUGCAGCUGCAGAGCGGCUCCGGCAGUGGUGGGUCCGGAAUAGGAUCCUCUGCUCAGCACGAUGCCAGUGGCCGGAGUCUUCAGGCGUUGAUGCAAUCGCAGGGGGCCAGCACAUCCGCAGCAGCGGCCGCCGCCGCCGCAUCAGGUGCUGGAGGAUCCUGUAGUGGAUCCGGCCAGGUGGGCAUGGGCGGAGCGGGAGUCAUGCCAGCUAUGCCAACCGCCGCCGACAUUAGCCUAAUGCUCAGCAUACUCAACACCACAGAUGUCAACCAGCUGGCCAACUUGGACAUCAAUAAAUUGGCCAUGUACCUGGUCAGCAUGAACAAUAAAAUGGAGCGACAGGGAAAGAUGGAACUGGCGGCGAAGGAGCGCGAGUCCCAACGUCUGCAGCUCAUUCCAAAAAAAUGGAACCGCCGGGAAGAAUACGAAUUUCUUAGAGUUCUCACUGGGUAUGGUGUGGACCUACACCUCUCAACAUCUAUGGGUUCCACUAAUGGAAGUUCCCUUUCGCCCGACUGGACCAAGUUCAAACAGAUGGCUCAUCUAGAGAGAAAAAGCGAUGAAACACUGACAGACUAUUAUAAGGUAUUUGUGGCCAUGUGUAAACGACAGGCGGGUUUAAAGCUCACUGAAUCGGAGCGCGGCUUAGAAGGCAUCAUCGAAGAAAUCGAAAAGGAACACGCCAAGCUCAUACUGGAUCGCCUAGAAGUUCUUGCCAAAUUGCGAGAAGUCGCUCGGAAUCCCAUGCUUGAGGAACGCUUAAAACUCUGCACCAAGAAUGCGGAUACUCCGGAUUGGUGGGAGCCUGGUCGACACGACAAGGAAUUGAUUACCGCCGUCCUCAAGCAUGGACUUUAUCGCUCCGAAACCUUUAUCUUUAAUGAUCCAAACUUUAGUUUUGGAGAGUCAGAGAAGCGUUUUAUUCGAGAACUAGAAGCUCAGAUUCAACGUACUAUCAAACUGGAGGCUUUUAAUGCUGAAAAGGCGGAGAAGUUAGCGGCAGCUGAAAAAGCUGCUGCAACUGAAAAAGCUGCGGCGACUGAAAAGGCGGCAGCAGAAAAGGCAGCUUCCGUUAAGAAUGAGGUCAUAGACCUUGAUGAUGAGCUCAUGACUAAUGAGAGUGUCAUCAAGAAAGAAUCGACGGUUACUCCCAUAAAAGAAGAAAUUAAAUCUGAAGAGAGUCCUGAAAAGCAGGAUACUGCUGAUAUUCUCGAAGAUAAAAAUUCAGAUGCUGAAGAGAGUACAAAGAUAAAGGAUAAAGCUGAUUUUAAUUCAGAAAUAACGGACAAGGAAGCACUAGACGAAUCCACAAAUUUAAAUAAGGAUAAAUCAAGCACUGAAACAUUUGUUCCAGAAAUUGAAGAUAUCAAACCUAGCGAAGAAAAAAUGGAAGUUGAGGAAGUGCCCGUUGCCGAAAAUGGUGAGGAGAAGGAAGGUGCGCCUGAGAAAUGCAGUGAUGCUGAGGAUAAGAAACUUUCCGAAGAAAAACCAAGUUCCCCUGUAGUUCCUGAUGGUAAAGUGUCAGAAAUGGAGGCAGAUGAAGUUGCCUCUAAUACAGAAGAAAACUGUUCUGGGGAAUCGGAAUCGCCCGAAAAGGAAUGUGAAGACAAGGUUGUUGAAAAGGUUGAAGAAGAGAAGGGUGAAAACUCAAAUAAAAAGGCUGAGGAACAAAAAGAAGAAACGGAAAAACUGGAAAAAUCGAGCAUAGAAUCAGAGCCCUCUGAAAAAUCUGAAACUGCCCUCGAACCCGAAGUAGCUGUGCCCAAAAAACUCACUGGCGACCAAGACAUACUCGACCUAGUGGCUGGUCCUUCAGAUCCCGAUGAUGACGAGGUGAUGAAGGAAAAAGAGAAAGCAGUAGAAGAAGAAUGCAAGAAGCAGGCAGCAGAACUUAAAGCCCGCUUUCCGGAUUUGGAAGUAAUUCAACCGGCAACUGUUAAGCAGCAAAAGUUGGAGAAGCCAAAGCUUGAAAUGUGCAUGAUCCGUUGGUUUAAGGAUUUUGCGUUAGAACGCCGUAUUGCGCACAUUGUCGCUUGCGUCGAAUCAGGAAAUUGGCCUGUGGAUAGCAAAUACAGUGCCUUUGCAACAUGCAAGGGGGCCACUGAUCUAAGCAUUGCCCUUCACGAAUCCAUUCCUCACUUGAGCAGUUUGGAACGUCGCUCCACAACACCUGAUGUCAUUACCAUAACGACGGACCAAGGUGUCACAAAGCACUUGCAGACCUCCCACAUGCAGCAAGUUGCCAGCUCGGCGUCCGCUGCAUCCACUUCCUCGGGAGUUCCCCAGGUCACCCAAUCAAAGCCCUCUUCUUCCAACAGUUUACCUGGCUUGGAUGCCAAAAGCAUUAAUGCUGCUGUGGCAGCGGCCGUUGCGGCAGCUGCGGCGGGUGGAAAUGCCACCUCCCUAUCGUCUCUGCUUCCCGGAAUGUCUCUGAGUGCAGCAACUGGCUCUUCGGCCGGUGGAGUGAGCGGAUUGAGCGUUCCAAGUGCCGGGUCUGGAGUGGGAAAGAAGCGCAAACGACACAUCGCCAUUGACGUGGAGACGGAAAGGGCUAAGCUCCACGCUCUGCUUAACAGUUCUACAAUGGCGCCGAAAGACUGGGAGAGUGAGAUUGCAAACAUGGAGGCCUUAAGUGGCUCCUCUGGUCGUGGUCGAGGUGGUAAUUCUUCUGCUUUGAGUGGCAUGCAGCCGCCCCCAGCUCAUCAACAUGCUUCGCUCUCGCGACAAUCAUCCGGACAGUUCAGCAAGCCAGCUGUCCCCGCCCUGAAGACUCCUCCUCCGUCAAUGGGUGCACCAAUGGACCUUUCAUCAAGCCUGCCUAAAAUGAAUAUGACUGAGAUGCUUAAGUCGGCUUCCAGUUCGGGAGCCAUCGAUUUGAGUGAGGUUCAGGACUUUUCUAUGCCUUCUAAGAAAUCCAGUGUACAUGCUGCUUUGAGUUCCGCUUUUCCCUCGAUGGGAAGCAAGAGCAAAUUAGACGACACGCUUAAUAAAUUGAUGAAGAAAAACAAUUGCACAAUUGAAGAACCUGUUAUUGGUAAGGAGAAAAAGCGGAAGAAGUUGGACGAGAUUGUGCUCGGCCUAUCGGCGGCUAAAGAACAAAAGACCUUCCCUGACCCAUCGCUACCAUCAUCAAAGAAACCACAGAUCCCGCCAAGCGUAUCGGUGACUCCAGCAAACCUUCAAUCCUCAUCCAACCAGCAGUCAAAUCAGAAACCCUUUACUAUCACUGUUACCACAGUGCCUGGAAAAUCCAAGAGCGGCUCGUCCAACAGCGGAUCCGGCACAGGAGGAAGCUCGUCGGCCAGCGGCGGAGGAGCCGGCGGAAGCGUCUUAAGCGCCCUGCAGAAUAUGUCAAUGGGAGGUCUGUCAUCCAAAGACAGUCUCAAUGCCCUCUUGGCACAGACAAUGGCCACCGACCCUCAGACGUUCCUCAAACAACAGCAAAAGAUGAUGCAGUUCCUUCCGCCUGCUCAGCGGAAGGCUUAUGAAAACAUGCUAGCCGAGAUGGAACAAGCCAUGAAGAUCAGUUCAAAGUUUUCAACAAACUCACCCCACGACGUCAAGGUCAACAAGUGGCUUUCAGACAUGACAAGUCCACUAGGUGACCAGCUCAGCAUUGAUUACGUGGGAGGAGGUGGGGCAAGUGGUUCGGGAAGUGGCAAUAGUCGGCGCUCAAACCGCCAGCAGGGAAACUCACAACAAUCCUCAAGUGCAGCCCAACUGCAAAAGCAACAGCAACAACAGCAGCAGCAGCAACAACAGCAACAUUCGAUGCCCGGGCCUCAGAAUUUGACCGGAGAGGAGCCCGUACCAGUAAUCAAUAAACAGACAGGCAAACGCUUGGGAGGCAACAAAGCGCCGCAGCUAAAGAGACUUAUGCAAUGGCUUACGGAGAACCCCAAUUACGAAGUGGAUCCAAAGUGGCUGGAGCAGAUGCAAAAUCCCAUGUCAGCACCGUCCCCAAAGCCCGCAUCAAUGGAGAGCAGCUACGGCUCCUCGGCAGUGAAAUCACAUGGUCGUCCGUCAUCUAAUUCGAGUAACACCUCAUCAUCGUCCCACACCCAACAGCACCAGCAAUCAUCUGCAGCUCAAUCGCAAGCGGGAGGGAACUCAGGCAGCUCCAAGAAAAAUUCACGCCAACAAACUGCGGCAUCAGCUGCACUGGAUCAAGCUGCUUUACAAUUUGGCUCCUUAGCCGGUCUGAAUCCCAGCCUGUUAGCUAAUCUUCCAGGACUGGGCGCAUUUGAUCCCAAGAAUCCUCUUGCUGCAUUUGAUCCAAAAAAUCCCUUGCUAUCCAUGUCCUUUGGAGGAAUGCCCGGAAUGGGUAAUAUUCCUGGACUAGGUAACCUGAACAACAUGAACCUAUUUGCCAGUUUGGCAGGAAUGGGAGGAUUGGGUAAUCUUGCAGGGAUGGACACUCAGUCGCUGGCUGCGCUUAUGGCUGCUGCCGGACCAACUCUUGGCGGAUUAAGUGGUGCAUCCGGAGGAGCGGGAUCCGGCAAGAGCCAGGCGCAGUCGCAAUCAUCCGCCACUUCGUCAUCGUCUUCGGCUAGUAAAAAGAAGCAGCAGCAACAGCAACAACAGGCGCAAAAUGAAGCUGCUCAAUUGGCAGCUGCUAUCAGCGCAAGCACUGCGGGAUCUGGCGCAUCAGGGGGAAAGAACGCAGCUGCUUCUGCAUCACAAUUGGCGGCCGGAUUUCCAUUCCUAUUUCCGAAUCCAUCAUUGCUGUAUCCGCCCAUGGGACUAGGUGGCCUGAAUCCGUAUUCCCUUGGAUCUAGUGGACUUGGUUCCGCAUACGAUCAGUUGGCUCAGCAGUAUAACCUGCUAAAUGGAGCCACUUCAUCGGCCUCAAAUACGAGCUCCACGCAGUCUAAGUCGCAUCAGUCGCAAUCAAAAUCCAGUCAGUCCAGGAAUACCACAGCAUCUGCCAACUCAGCAGCGAGUCUGAUGAAUGCUAUGGCCAGCAUGGGCGGUGGAGCUAGCACAGUAACCACGCCUUCAACUUCAGCAUCAGGAUCAGGACGUGGCAGGCAAUCAAGCAGCAGAAAUCAGUCCCAAACCACACCCACAGCAGCAGACAUGGCUCAACUCAGUAGUCUACUUAUGCCAGGAGCGGAUCCGCAUCUUCUCGAAUCCUUGAGCCGUAUGAGCAACAUGGAUUUGGCGCAGGCAACGCGUCUGAUGAGCUCUCUGGGAAUGCCGCCUCUUUCAGGAACCCCGAGCUCUUCUGGUGGAGGUAACACAUCUACAAGCAAGAGAAGCAGCCAAGCCGCAAAUGAAGCCAACGCUCAGGCCAAGGAACAGCAAAAAUGGUUUGAAAGUUUAGCCCGAGGAGCUCUGCCAACUGAUUUAGCCGCGCUUCAAGCUUUCUCGCAAGGCAAAAUGCCAUCAACAUCCGGAUCAAAUACGGGAACAUCCACUUCCUCUAGUAAGAGCUCGAAAGCAGCCGCUGCAGCAGCGGCAGCUCAAUUACCACAAAUUCCUGGCAUGUCCAGCGAUUUCCCCCAGGCAUUUUUAGCUGAAAUGGCUGCACAGGCAAUGGCGGCUGCUGGCGGGUCCCUUCCUCUUAGUGGUCCAGGCUCAUUAGCUAGUUUGGCUGGCUUAACUGGUGGCUCGGCUGGAGGUGGUGGUGGUUCUUCUGCCUCCGGAAGCACUAGCCACUCGUCUUCGAAACGACAGCGUGAGCAGGAUGCCUUUAAGCAACAGAUGGACUAUUAUACCAAGACCUUAGGUCUGGGUUCAGGAAUCUCGCUGAUACCCACUUCCUCGGCGGGAGGAUCAUCUGCAUCCUCUAGUACAGCAAACGCUGCAGCAGCGGCGUAUGCUGCGGCUUUGGACGCAGAGCAACAGCAUCAACAACAGCAGAAGGCGCUUUCCAAACGGUCACGUGCGGAUAUACACCCCACAAAGGAGGAACUGGCCGCUGCUGCCCUUGCGGCAGGCUUACCCCUUAAUCUUGGUGCCAGCAUGAGUAGCAUAGAAAAGAGUCUAAGAGGCGGAAGCAGCUCCAGUAGCAGCUCUACACCAGCGCCCAUGUCUGCGGAACAGGAUAAAGUUACAUUGACUCCCCUUAAUGCCUCUGGAGGCGGAUCAGGCUCCUCUUCCAGUUCAGCAGCUGCUGCGGGACUGGCAGCUAAUCUGCCCAGUCAAACUACAAUAACCAUAGCUCCUCCCAUUAGCAGUGGAGCCAGCACUAGCAGCGAGCGUUCCGAACGCUCCGAGUCGCGCAUUUCGCUAACCAUAACAAAUGCAGCAGAUGCCGCGAAGCUACCGCCGCCCUACGAAGAAGCCGAUGAGCUAAUUAUACAGCCCAUACUCAAAAAACCUACCGCUGCCAAUCCAGGCAGUAGUCAUGGCGGAAGCGUGGACGAUCUGGAUACAGCUGAAAAUACUUCAGCUGCUAAUCUAAGUGGCUCAUCCUCCAGUUCUGCGGCAGCUGCGGCUGCAGCUGCAGCGGCGGCUGAAGAGAAUCGACGUUCCUCCAACCGCUUGAAGCGUCCGAGGUCUGGUAACGAACAAGGAUCUGGAUCCGUGGAAGGACAACCUCCUGAGAAGCGACGGGAGUUGCGAUCCACUCGUCAUACACGCUCUUCGGCAGAUGCCAGUACGCUUAAUCUUUCAACUGGAAGCGAAUCGGGAGCGGAGGAACGGAACGAAUGAGUAUUGCGCAGAUCCGAGCGCCAGCGCUAGCAGAAUGACACGGCCCAUCCUAAGGGCCGGAGAAAAUCGCGUAGAGAAGAAGCCAACACGGCCAAUACAUACAAGUCACCGGAGCAGAAAAUCAACGACAGAAAGAUGAUGAGAAACCAGCUGCAGAUGCGGAUGCAAACGAGAUCGAGGCGAAAUUUAAAUGCUAGGUUAACUGUUACCACUAGAUCCCUUAAGCUUAAAGUUGUGUAAAGUAUAAGAACCAUAUAUAAUCUAUAUAUAGAGAUUAGGAGCCAAUUUGGAGAAAACGGAUUUGGGUUUGUCUCAACGCCAUACAGUUCGACACUGCUGCAACUCCGUCUGAACUGGAGGGCAGAGCGCCUUACCCAUGGCUUACUCAAGUUUCAUCUGCUGCUUAUAUGGCGCUUGAUAAGUCAAUAGUGUCCCUUACUCUGGCUGCUUAAUUAUUCAUAUAAUUACGAUCAUAAUUAAAAAGCGCUUAUAAUUUAAUUGUAACAAGAGAAACAAAGUGCUGUUGCACGACGAGGAUUUUCCGUUUAAAUUAUUGCUAACAUAUAUAAUUGAUAAGCGACAGAAAAAUGUUUAAACAAAACACUAUCCAUACAUAAAAUGUAGAGACACAUAUACUUGGGUUUCUGGCGCUGUCCUGGCACAUGCAGUCUCUAUACAUAUAUGAUACCUGUACAUAAUUCAUAAUCUUAAAAUGACUCGCAUGUCUUAACUGUUUUUAAUAUAGUAAGGCACCAUGUAUUCGCCUCAUACUAAACCAUUUUCCACACUUCCACCCCCAAUAUGUUGUAUACUGAACUCUCUAUUCUCUAUGUGUGUCCCCGAAAGCGACGUGUAAUUUUUAUCAUUUUAAUUUUGUAAUUAGUAAAUGUGAAAGGAAUGGAAUGCUAUUGGCGCAAAUCAAUCUUUCAAGCGUAUAUUUUAAACUCUUGUAUUUGUAAUUCGUAUGUUUUAUUAUACACUUGUGUGUCCCAAGAACCACAGACACCAACAUGCAAGUCCUGGCGCGUAACUAACAGGUGGGAAGUGUUUAUUGAAAAAUAGAAUUUUUUAAUUAAAUCAAUUUUGUUGUAAUUGAGAAGCCCGAGAAUAUGAAUCUUGCACGCUUGAUGAGCAGCAAUGCAAUAUUUAGAUCAUUUUGUAUAAUUAUUCAGCUGAGUAAAUGAAUUAUGGACAAAUUUGAUCCGCACUUUACGAGAACAAUUUAUUUUGAUACAUUAACAAGGCACACAAAAAAAAAGAAAGCAAAACAAACAACCAACAUAUAU